GGCCAUGGCCCAGCGGGCGCCCAGGGGGCAGGGGCAGGACGAGGAGGAGGGAGCGGAGGAGGAGGCGGCGGCGAGGGGCAGCCAGGCGCGGGCCAGGAGCCAUGCGGAGCCCGCGGCGAGCGGCGGCAGGAGCCAGGAGCGGCAUGAGAGGAAGCGGAAGAGGCAGGAGGCGCAGCAGCUGCAGAAGAUCCAGCACUUGGAGUCUUUCUAUGAGAAACCUCCCCCUGGGCUAAUUAAGGAGAAUGAAACAAAACCAGAAGACUGCAUACCUGAUGUACCAGGCAAUGAAAGUGCACGGGAAUUCCUGGCACAUGCCCCAACCAAAGGGCUUUGGAUGCCUUUGGGAAAAGAAGUCAAAGUUAUGCAGUGUUGGAGAUGUAAACGUUAUGGACACAGAACAGGAGAUAAGGAAUGCCCGUUCUUUAUUAAAGGCAAUCAGAAGUUGGAACAAUUUAGAGUAGCACAUGAAGAUCCAAUGUAUGAUAUAAUAAGGGAAAAUAAGCGUCAUGAAAAAGAAAAGAGGAUACAGCAACUGAAGCAGCUCCUGGAGGACUCUACCUCAGAAUCUGAUAGCAGUGAUGACAGUGAUGACGAUGAUGAAGAUGGCAGCAGCUCCACUUCCUCAGAACAUAAACACAAGAAGAAAAAGAGAAAAAAGGAAAAGAAAAAGAAAGAAAAGAAGAAGAAGAAAAAGAGGAAGCAUAAAUCAUCCAAAUCUAAUGACAAGUCAGAAUCUGACUGACAGCAGUCACCUGCUGCAUGCUCAUUGACCUCUCUACUUGUGAACUGUGGGGAAAGAUCCAAAGAAUGAGGAGGAAAACACCAGAAAGGGCUUUAUUAAACUUGAAACAUACAUGUGUAUGCAUACAGCAUCCUACACUGGCAUCCUGUUCUGCCCCUCUGCUGCCAGAAAGAAGAAAGCUGCAUUGAACCAUAUCUUUGUGCUGUAAAACCCAUGCUGAGACUCACCCAGCUUGGUCAGAUGGGGCCUCUGCAUUGCUGCCUGUGACCAGCAGCAGAAAGCAGCGACCACCGACAAACCUGUAGCAUUAGCAGACUGUCUGUUGAAGUGUCUUUACUCCAUGAAGUUAUUUUAUCAUAUACAAAGCCUCAUUGUACCAGGACUGCAGUUUGCACCAUGCAGAGCACUGAGGGUUCCCUUCCAGUGCUUGUAAUGAGCAGGUUGUACUGUAUUUUCUUCUGCACGUACGUGCUGAACUUCUGUGUACUCAUCCUAAUAUUGGCAGCUAGGGAAAUAAAAGAGUUCUGCUG